AUUCCCAUGUAUACUCCAAAAUAAUUUAGAUCAAGAUAUCCAUCUAUCCCAUUCCAAAAAUUCUUACUAUGCAAAUCUAGCCUAUGAGGGUGAGGCUCCUUGGAGCCGGAAAUCCAUGGAUCACUUUGACAUCCCUAUUUUACUUAUAGACGAUAGUGGGAUUUAUAAUAGUUUCCAAAACCUUGUGGGUUUUGUGGGUUUCAUAAAUUAAGCAAUCUUUUAGGGGUGAAUUUGUAAUACAAAAAAUACAUGUUUAGUGUGAAGAAUUGACGAGUGUGGCUGUGUGAAGUAAUAAUCAAAUGGGUAGCAGCAAUGGCGGAGCAGAAGAAGAGCUAAGCAAAAUGGCAGAACUUAGCAAAACCUUAAAAGAAGGAGAAAGAAUAUUGGCUCCCACUCGUAGACCUGACGGUACUCUUCGAAAACCCAUUCGAAUUCGGGCCGGUUAUGUCCCUCAAGACGAAGUCGCCAUCUAUCAGUCCAAAGGUGCUCUGUUGAAAAAGGAGUUGAUGGCAUUGCAGGAGGUGCCUCCUGGUUAUGAUCCAGUUAUUGAUUCAAAACCGAAGACUAAGUCCAUCAAAAGAAAUGAACGAAAGAAAGAGAAGCGGCUACAGGCUGCUCUUGAAAAGGAUAAGAACUCGGAAGCCACAGUAGAUGGGGAGACAAAUAAGGAAGAAGUGGAACUUGCUGAAAAUAUAAGUCAUGGAUUGGAAUCUGCUAAAUCAUUGACAUCUCAGAUGAAUGAACUGCAUGUUUCCACAAAUGAAGUUUUAGAGAUCCCUCCCUCAGACACGAAGGGUGCUUCGGAUGCAGUAGCUCUGAGUCAAGAUAUUGAUAAAAGAAUUCGGGCACUUAAAAAGAAGAUCCGACUUGCAGAAGCUCAACAACAGAAGACUGGACAGAGGGAAAUGAAGCCAGAGCAGCUAGAGAAGUUGUCGAAACUUGAAGGUUGGAGGGAGGAGCUGAAGCUUUUGAAGGAUAAAAAGGGUGAGAUGGUAGCAUCAUGAUUAUAAUUUGUGUUUUUGAAAACUCUGUAGCUUUUUUUUAUAGUUUGCUUGAUGAUGUGAACUCUGGAUUGUGUGAAUUGAUGUUUCAUCUAUCAAGAUUUUGAUUUAAUGAGUUUGCAUAUGACCACAUGGAUAGAAAGUAAAUAUAACUAUUGUUCCAAAACUUUUAAAUUCUUUCUCUAAAACUUGACAAGGAAACGAGUCUGAAC